AUGCUCAAGUACAUCUCGCCCGAUGAGCUCGCUGCCCUGAUGAAGAGCGACAAGGUGGCCGGCAGAGACUACUGCGUCGUCGACGUCCGCGACGACGACUGGUACGGCGGUAACAUCAAGGGCUCGCAGAACUCGCCGUCGCAUGGGUUCCUCAGCAAAGUGGGCGAGCUCGUGGCGCAGACAAAAGAUGUCCCGACCGUCAUUUUCCACUGCGCUCUCUCGCAAGUCCGAGGGCCCAAAGCCGCUAGGAUCUACUCCGAGACGCGCGACCUCCUGCAAACCCAAGGCGCAGACAAGCCGCACGAGGUCCUCGUCCUCCGCGGCGGCUUCCAGGAAUUCCAGGCCAAAUACAAGACCGACCCCAAGCUUGUCGAGAACUGGAAGGACGAGGUCUGGGGGAGCGGGCUGCACUUCUAG